GCCUUGGCGACCAGUCGGCGCGCGUCCAACGACGAGGCAGGUCAUGAGCGGCGCACUGAGCGCCGUUGACCGCGAGCGAGCCGCGCACGAGACGUGAGCGUACCGUGAACGCGCCGUGAGUGAGCCGUGAGUGUGCCGUGAGUGUUCCGUGAGUGGACCGUGGGCGGGCGAGGUCCUGCGCCGGCCGGGGCCGGCCGUGACGUUGCGGCGAUGAGUGUGCGCGAUGCGAAUCGGCGAGGGCUCGUCUGGCUGAGUGUGUGGUCUUUCCUGCUGGCCGGGGAUGUAGCGCAAGGUGCGUGUCCGCAUCCGGCGGUCAACCUGAACAGUCGGGUCGAGCUGAGCACCAAGGACUUGGCUGAGAACACCAUCGCCACGUACCAGUGUGACGCCGGCUUCCUGCAGCUCGGGGACGCCAGCCGGCUGUGCUCCGCCGACGACACCUGGACGGGCGAGCCCCUCACCUGCGCGACGAACGUGGCGCAGGGCAAGCCGUCCAGCCAGUCGUCGACGGCGCGCGGCGGGCCGCCUUCCAACGGCAACGACGGCGACCGAAGCACGGUCCACGACGGCGGCAAGUGCACCGAGACGCUGGAGCAGGCGUCGCCCUGGUGGCGGGUCGACCUGCUGGACGAGUACCCCAUCGAGCUGAUCCGCAUCACCACGCGGGGAUGCUGCGGUCAAAAGCCGCUGCAGGAUAUCGAGAUCCGCGUGGGCAGCAGUGCCUCGCUACAGCAGAACAGGCUAUGCGCCUGGUUCCCCGGCACGCUGGAGGAGGGCAAGGACAAGGACUUCCGCUGCGCGCGGCGCAUGUCCGGCCGCUACGUCUUCAUCCAGAUGGUUGGCGUGGACGGCGCGCUCUCGCUCUGCGAGGUCCAGGUCUUCAGCUCGCAAGAGCUCGCGAAGGAGCAAUGUGCGUCGGACGUGCCUCUCGACAGCCUGAGCCUCCACAACAAGACCUGCUACGAGUUCCAGCUGAGCUCCGGCGCCAACUUCCUGACGGCGCGCCAGCAGUGCCAGCGCUCCAACGGCGACCUGGUGCACACGAUGCCCGAGCCGGCCUUCAACUUCCUGCUGGACCGGCUGGAGCGUAGCAAGACAAAGAUGAAGACCCAGCUGCUUUGGAUUGGCGUGCGCAAGGGCUCUGGCAGGGGCGAGUGGCGCUGGGUGGACGGCUCGCCGGUGAGGAAGCCGCGUUGGGGUAAGGACCAGCCGAACAGCUACGUGGGCCAACAGAACUGCGUGGUGCUGGAUGGCGGCCGAGACUGGCUUUGGAACGACGUCAGCUGCAAGCUAGAUUACCUCCACUGGAUCUGCGAAUACCGGCCUCAAAUCUGCGGUAGUCCCGACAAGAACGAGAACACGACGAUCGUGGGUGGCGACUUCGGCCUCAACCGCACCAUUUCCUAUCAGUGCCCCGAGGGCAACAAGGUGGUCGGGGACGAGACCCGCACGUGCCAGGAGCCCGGCUUCUGGUCCGGCGCCGCGCCCACCUGCGAAUUUGUCGAGUGCGGCCCGCUGAAGGACAUCGCCAACGGUCAGCUGACACUGCUGGACGGCCGCACCACGUACGCCGCGCGCGCCAGAUACGUCUGCGAUGCCAACUACACCGCCGUCGGCGAGCCGCUGCGCACGUGCGGCGACGGCGGCGCGUGGUCAGAAGAGGAGCCACAAUGUCUCUUCUCGCUGUGUCCGGAGCCGGAGACGCCGACGAACGCCACCCUCGAGUUGCGCGGCAACCUAACGGUGGGCACGGAGGCGCUCUUCACGUGCGCCGCCGGCCACAAGCUGAUUGGCGAGGCGGUGGCCACGUGUCAGCUGGGCGGCGCCUGGAGCGCGCCGGCGCCGCUCUGUCAGCUGAUCGACUGCGGCCAGCCGCCGGAGCCGCAGCACGGCAGCUCACAGAUGGACGCCACCUACUACGGCGCCACGGCCGGCUUCAGCUGCGAGGAGGACUACUGGCUCAUGGGCUCCGAGGAGCGCACCUGCCAGGAGGACGGCCGCUGGAGCGGCGAGGACACCUUCUGUGAACUGAUCAACUGCGGCGAGCCGGACGUGCCGCCGGGCAGCUACGUCACCGGCUACGACUUCCACGUCAACAGCGACGUGGAGUACCACUGCAACGUGGGCCACCUGUUGGUGGGCGAGCCCAUCAGGCGGUGCCAGCGGGACGGUACCUGGUCAGGAGACGUGCCGCUCUGUCAGUACGUGGACUGUGGCCGCACGCUCGCCGUGCUGCACGGAGACGUGCAGUACGUCAGCGGCGAGACGCACCUGGACAGCGAGCUGGAGUACUCAUGCAUCCGCAACUACCGGCUGGUGGGCGAGAGCAUGCGCGUCUGCCAGGAAAACGGCGGCUGGUCGGGCAAAGCCCCGGUCUGCGAGGAGGUCCGCUGCGGCGAUCCGGAACGAUCAGAGAACGCCGUGCUGAGCGUGUCUGGCAACGACCGCAUGCGCCAGAAAGCCAAGCAGAUCGCACAGAAUCUUCCGCCGAAGGAGACGUUCCGGGUGGGCGCCACUGUCACCUACAAAUGCAAGCCUGGCUACAAGGUGGUGGGCGACGCGUUGCGCUCGUGUCGCAGCUCGGGCGCCUGGGCGGGCCUGCCGCCCACCUGCGUGUACGUGGACUGCGGCGCGCCCGACCCCUUGCCAUCGGGCACCGUCAACCUGCCGCUCAAUGCCAGCUACUACGGCGCGAUCGCCCAGUACAAGUGCAACACCAACUUCAAGAUGGCCGGCCUGGGCCGCCGGCUGUGCCUGGAGAACGGCACCUGGAGCGGCCAGCCACCCGUCUGUAACGAGAUCGUCUGCGGCGAGCCAGAGCGGCCGGGCGAGGUGCUGGCCGUGGUGACGACGGGGCACCGCGUGGGCGACACGGCCUCCUACAACUGCGGCAAGGGACGCCAGCUGAUCGGCCAGGCGACGCGCACCUGCCUGGACACGGGCUUCUGGGGCGGCGUUGUGCCCACUUGCCAGUGGGUGGACUGCGGCCCGCUCGGGCCGGUCGAGAACGGGCGAGUCUACCAAGUGAACCAGAGCACCGUCUACGACUCGGUAGUGGAGUACCAUUGCUUCCCCAAGUAUCUGCGCCAGGGGCCGUUCACGCGUCGCUGCAUGGAAGACGGCACGUGGUCGGGACCCGACACCAAAUGCCUCCUGAGCACGGAAACGGUCUCGGCCGGCCUGGACGCCAGCCUGGACGGCCCCGAGAACGUGCCGGCGGCGGGCUACGGCCCCGCCGACUAUGACUCGGCCCGUAACACGGCCAUCUGGGCCGGCGUGGCCAUCGGCAUCUUCGUCCUCAUCGGCAUCGUCACGGCCGUCGUCUGUCUUCGGAUGCGGGCGCAAGUGGUGAAGAACACGGAGAACGUGCAGGGCAUGAAGGCGAUGGAAGAGCGGAGCGCGCCUAUCAUGAGCUUCGCCAACCUGGCCGACGGACCGCGCUUCGGCGUGCAGAACGGCAGCUUCUCCAACGGCGUCGCGCCGAUGCAGAACCGGCCGCUGCCCGUGCGGCCGGACGAGGAGGAGAUCUACGCAGAGGCCGACAGCUUUUCGUCAGGUCCCGACUCACCGCCGUCCAGUCGCACCUACGCCAACCGCGACGCCACCUACACGAACGGCGUGGACCGGGGCGACGGCAGCGCUGCCUACAACAGCGGAGGCGAUAGCAACGCUACCUAUACCAACAGUGGGGGCGAUAGCAGCACCCCUGCAGGCGGCUCGGUGACGGUGAACGGUAUGGCGCUGUAGCGGGCGGCUGUGGUGGAAGCCGGCCGUCGCCCGGCCAGCAGUGAUAGUGCACGCGUGGUGCUCGGUGAGCUUGCGCACCGCCGGCCCGCAGCGCGACGCGCGGACGAAUGCGGCGCGCUCGCGUCGGACGCUGGCGCGCCGCGGACGCGCCCGGGCGCGGUGUCGGAGCCCCGGGCUCGCGUGGGCGGAGAUCCACUCCAGCCACUGACCUUACCUGCUCAGCACUGAGCGGAGUGGCGGCGGUGAUCCGUUCGCUAUUGUGCGACGAACUCCGAAGUGGAUUCAGGACACGUUAACGUCAACGAAGGAGUGUUUGGUGGCGUUCCGCCUUAACGCGGUACUCAUGUGUGCAACGUUUUCGUGUCCAAGGGCAGACGCGAGUGGUGGGUGCAUGUCUUGCAAGUGUGGUUCCGUCGUGUGCAUGGUAACUGGCCACCCUCACGACUAUAUAGGCAGGUGGUGCUGUGCGUUACGUGAUGUCAACACAUGCGUUUGGGUAAAUACAACCGACUCACUGUAUA